AUGGCAAUUACUGGCCUUUUUGCAUGCAAAUGGUACUUUCAGGCAUUGAAACAUAAAAUCACGGAGGUUGGAGGAAAAAACAAUCUGCUUCUGUUGCUCUGCAUCACUCUUCUUUACACAGGCUUUGGCGUAAAUGCUUUAUCCUAUGAUUACACAGCCAGCAUUGAGUGUCUUGAAAGCCCUCAAAAACCUCAGUAUGGAGGAGGAAUACUCAUUAACCCAGAUCUGAAUAAGGGCUUAAAAGGGUGGUCCACAUUUGGUGAUGCCAAAAUACAACUUAGAGAAUCCCAAGGCAACAAAUUCAUUGUGGCUCAUACCAGAAAUCAACAGCAUGAUAGUGUAUCUCAAAAGCUUUACCUUAAAAAAGACAACAUAUACACAUUUUCUGCUUGGAUAAGGGUAGAUGGGGGAAAUCAAGUCCCUAUAACAGCUACUUUCAAGACAAGUAGUGGGUUCAAACAUGCUGCUUCUGUAGUUGCUGAAUCACAUUGCUGGUCUUUUCUCAAAGGUGGCGUCACUGUGGAUGACUCAGGCCCUGUAGAGCUCUACUUUGAGAGUAAGGACACAUCAGUUGAUAUCUGGGUUGAUAGCGUCUCUCUGCAACCAUUUACUCAAAACCAGUGGAGAUCUCAUCAAGACCAAAGCAUUCAGAAGGUUCGUAAAAGCAAGGUGAGAAUGAGAGUAGUGGACGCACAAGGCAAAGCUUUACCAAACGCAACACUCUCCAUCCAACAAAACAAACUUAGUUUCCCCUUGGGUUGCGCCAUAAACGACAACAUCCUCACCAACCAAGCCUACCAAAACUGGUUCACUUCGAGGUCGUUUACCGUCACCACCUUCGAGAACGAGAUGAAGUGGUACAGCACCGAAAAGACACCGGGCAAGGAGGACUACUCCACGGCGGACUCCAUGAUCCAGUUCGCCAAACGACACAACGUUUUGGUCAGAGGCCACAACGUGUUCUGGGACGACCCCAAGUACCAGCCCUGGUGGCUCAACUCCCUCUCCAAACGACAAUUUUCUUCCGCCGUUUGGAGGAGGCUCAACUCUGUCGUUUCCCGGUACAGAGGCCAGCUCAUCGCCUGGGACGUGGUGAACGAGAAUUUGCACAACAAUUUUUUCGAGAGUAAAAUGGGAAAUAAUGCCUCGGCCACUUUUUACAAUUGGGCUUUUAGGGCCGAUCCUGAAACGACGAUGUUUUUGAAUGAGUAUAAUACGAUAGAGAAUCCAGGAGAUGGGAAGGCCACGCCGAGAAUGUACCUUCAGAAGCUGAGGGAGAUUCAGGGCUUUCCGGGGAAUUACAAAGGGAAAAUGGGGAUUGGGCUUGAGGCCCAUUUUGGUACACUGAAUAUUGCUUACGUCAGAUCUGCCAUUGAUGUUCUUGCUGCUACGGGUUUGCCCAUUUGGAUUACCGAAUUGGACGUUCAAAGCUCUCCCAAGCAGGCGAUUUACCUGGAGCAGAUUCUGAGGGAGCUACACUCACACCCUGGAGUCAAAGGAAUUGUGAUCUGGUCAGCAUGGAGGCCACAAGGAUGUUGGCAAAUGUGCUUGACGGACAACAACUUCAAGAACUUGCCCACCGGAGAUGUCGUCGACAAGCUAAUGCACGAGUGGGGUUAUCAAAACCGCGUCGUCUUAUCUGGCACAACUGAUGCUUCUGGUUUUUACGAGACCUCCCUUUUCCAUGGAGAUUACGAAGUGAAGAUAUCUCAUCCAGAAGUUAUAUCCUCUUCAUUUUCUCAGAGCUUGAAUGUGGCACCAAAACUUGAUGAACAUUAUGCCACUCAAAGGAGAUCAGCACCACUACUAAUCCAAGUUCAUUCUUAA